AUGUCGGCACUUCCUGCUGCAACUGCAACUGGUUUCGGGGUGCGGCCCAUCCACAACAGCGGCACUGUUAGCAUCGCUCUAACCACUCGGAGAGUCAGGAGGAGCUCGGUGAUGCUCAGCGCGCGCGGCGGAGGACGAUCAGGUGGCGACUCGUCGAGGCGAAGAACCGACCGACCCGAUGAGUACUCCAGGGACAGAAAGAAGGGCAAGGGGCGGGGAGGGAGGGGUGGCAGGGGCGGGCGAAGCAGCGGGCGUGAUGGCGGCAGCAACAGCAGCGGAAGCAGUGUCGGUAGUGGCACCAGCGCUCCCUCUCCUUUCGAAACGGCUGGGGACGGUGGUGACAUAUGGGGCGGGGGGUCGAGGAUGUCGUCCCUGGACGACAGGGCCCCGGCGGAGUUCUCGAGGAAGAUUGACUGCUCGGAGCUCAGCCGCAAGCCAAAGUACUUCAGCGUAGAGGCGACCGAGAACGAGUGCGCCGCUCUCGCCCAACGCUUCACGUGCGAAGCGAUAACCGGCCUCAAGGCCGACUUCAGGGUUGUUCGCGGCUCAGACGCCCGAAAAAUAAAGAUCCGGGGGCGCGUGAAAGGCAAUGUUACCCAGAACUGCGCGGCCACUCUGGAGUCAUUUGUACUCCCGGUCGAACGAGAAUUCAGCACCGCGAUACAGGAGGUUAGCCUAGACAGCGUGCAAUCCACGCUGUGGGCUCUGGAAGAGGACACUGAAACGGACGAUGAAAUCAUGGAGGGUGACCCCCUCGACCUGGGAGAGGUGGCGGCUCAAGGCUUGGCGUUGUGCAUCGACCCGUACGCCAAGCACCCGGACUUCGUCGCGAGCUCCGACGCGGGGAGUGGCAAUGGCGAGGGAGCUACUGUUCCCGGACGUUUUGGAAUGCCCGCUGAGGGGGAGGAUGUGGUUUUGGACGUCGAUACCAUGAAAGCGUUUUUCGAUGCGGACGAUUAAUUCCGUUGUGGUCGCUUUUGCGACUUGAGCUGGAGACACGUUGGAAAUAGCAGUAGACCGAGAGGAUGUAUUCGCACAGCUCUGGUGUGGUAGUGCCGGACCGGGUCUAGUCGAGCUUUCUUCGUUUCGAUCCAUUUUUGGUUUCUGGUCCCUGAAAAAUGUGUACGGACUGAUUUCUCGCUCUUGAAGGAAAUAAUACAACGAAGAGCUGC